AUGGCGUCCAAAAUAUCAACCCUCUUCAAAACCAACAGCCACGCGACAGCCAGCUCAAGCAAUGACACCGUCUCCGUCGCAGCCGGCGAACAGGCCCCGGCCGAGAACAACACCGGCCUGAGGGAGCAGAUCUCAACGCGCCAGUUCAUCUUCAUGGCCCUGGGCGGCUCCAUCGGCGCGGGCCUGUUCAUAGCCUCGUCAAAGGCGCUGCAGCAGGGCGGGCCGGGGGGCCUCUUCUUCGCCUUCGCGGUCGUCGGGGCCGCGGUGUGGCUGACCAUGUGCGCGCUGGGCGAGCUCUCGGCCAGCUUCCCCGUGCAGGGCUCCUUCUACGACUUCUCGGUGCGCUUCAUCUCGCCCAGCUGGGGGUUCGCCAUGGGGUGGAACUACAACGUCAACUUUAUGCUCAUCGUCCCCUUUGAGGUCACCGUCAUCAUCCUGAUCGAGCGGUUCUGGGGCGAUGCCGUGCCCCGGGUCGCGCUGGUGCCUGUUUUUAUCCUGGGGCUGUUUGCUGUGCAUGUCUUUGGGGCCAAGGCGUAUGCUGAGGUUGAGCGUGCGCUUGGGAUCGCGAAGAUUGUUGUGUUGAUGAUCUUCACCGUUACGGGUUGUGUCAUUGCUGGUGGGGGAACUCGCGAAGCCGAUGGGCGUGGGUUUGAGAACUGGCAGAAUGGACAAGCCUUUCUUAACGGCGGAGCUGGCUUUAUAUCAGUCUUCGUUGCUGCAGGAAUGGCCUACGGCGGAACAGAGAUGCUGGGCUUGACUGCAGCGGAGUGCAAGCAACCCCGAAGAGUCAUGCCCUUGGCGUCGAUACUUGUUGUCGGCCGCCUGGUGAUAUGCUACCUCCUUCCGCUCUUCGUCGUCGGGCUCGUGCUGAAGCCCUCAACCUUGAGCGAGCCGCAGUUCGCCAAGCUGCACGCCGUUUCGCCCUUCGUGGCUUCCGUCCAGCAGGCGGGCAUCCGGGUUCUCCCUCACGUCAUAAACGGCUUCCUGAUCGCUGCGGUGUUCAGCAUGGGAAGCUCGGCCUUCUUCGCUUCCUCGAGGAGCCUGACGGCGAUCUGCAAACAGGGAAUGGGGCCGCGGAUCUUCGCGGAGACGACCAAGGGCGGGCUGCCGCGCAACUCGAUUCUUGCUGUUUUGGUGGUGGCACAGCUCGCUUGGGUCACCGCCGCUCCCAGCGGAUCUUACAUCUUCGACUGGCUCCUCGCAUUGGCCUCGACUAGCAACUUCUUCACAUGGUUGAGCAUUUGCAUUUGCCAUAUUCGACUCCACCGCGCAAUGAAACGCCAAGGCCGGAGCACCAGCGAGCUCGAGUGGAAAUCCCCUGCCGGGAUUUGGGGCAGCUACUUGGCUGUUUUUAUCAUAGUGUGCUGCAUGGUCUCGCUGGUUGUCAGUGCCGCUCUCCCGCCUGUGAUUCCGACCUCAAGGCCCCAUGUCGAAGCUGCGAUGCAGAACACCAUGGGUUUCAUUGUCAUUUUCAUGUGCUGGGUUGGUCAUUUGCUCAUUGCUGCCCGGCGAACCAAUGCGUCCUGGAGGGAGAGACUCCUGAUCCCCCUCGACCAACUCGCAUUGCCGGAGCUGGAUGUGCCGGAACCACAACAAGCACCUGCGGUUGAGAAACGUGGAGGUGAGGCUUCGUAG